CUCCUCAACUGAUCAUCGAAGAAUCUCUUAUCUUCUGCGCCUAUCUUACCCUCUUUCAGCUUUCCUUUAUCCGUUCAUCUCUUGUCGGUCGCUCAUUAUCCUCUCCUACCUCAUCCAUCUUCCCAAUUGCUCCUGUUCAAUUGCUGCUUUCUCGAUUCUCUAUAUAAUCGCCGUACAUAUUUUUCUAGGGUUCUUAAUUUGGGGAUUUUAUUUUCUCUUGUGGCUGAAUUGGAGUACUCUUCUGAUUGUUAAAGUUCUUCCGGAAGGAUUGAGAGUUGAUUUCAAGGAAUUGAGAUUGAAAUGGCUUCUCUGCAAGGACCUGUUGUUUCCCCUGUAGUCCGAGCAAAACGGAUUGCGCCAUGUCUGCUUGUUAAUUCAUCUCUGCUCGCCCGAAAGGGGCUUAGCUAUGGCAAGAGCAAUAAUACACUUCAUCGACAUACCGAAAGGAAAUUCAGAAAAAUUCAUUGUAGUUUCAGCUCAUCUUCGGAUGGCAGUGGUAGCAUGGCUGGGAAUUCCAACGAGAACGAUGCUAGUUAUGUUAAUUCAAGCGUCGUCGAAGCUGUCGAAGUCAAAAGUGGCCCCGAAGGCUUCACGAUCAAGAUGAGAGACGGUAGGCAUUUGAGGUGCGUACAUAACAAUCCUACGGGCAGUCAUAGGCCCGAUUACGCCCCACAUCCUGCCAUUGUACUGAAGAUGGAAGACGGGACAGGGUUGCUUCUCCCGAUAAUUGUUUUGGAGAUGCCGAGUGCCUUGCUCAUGGCUGCUGUUCGAAACGUCCAAAUCGCUAGGCCUACUAUAUACCAAGUGGUCCGGGAUAUGGUCGACCGGAUGGGCUAUGUGGUGAAACUCGUGCGCGUCACCAAGAGGGUGCACGAAGCAUAUUUCGCCGAGCUGCAACUCGUAAAGUCUGACAACGAAGCGGAGUGCAUCAGCUUAGAUAUGCGCCCUUCGGACGCGAUCAACAUUGCCGUGAGAUGCAAGGUGCCGAUACAAGUCAAUAAGUACUUGGCCUACACUGACGGUAUGCGAAUUAUAGAGUCAGCGGCGAAGGUGUCCGUGCACGUCUCUUCUUCCGGUCAUCUGAUCUCCGAAUUGGACAGACCUACCGGCCAGCCGUGCACGGAAGCAAUGGAAUUCGAUUUGAUGCGCAACAUGGUGAUUGCCGUCGGAGAGGAGCGUUAUCAAGACGCAGCUCUAUGGAGGGACAAACUGAUGCAGUUCCGGUCCAAAAGGAAUUGGACAUGACAUGACAUGACGACCGUGUCUGUUUCGAUCGAGCCGUGAAGGUUGUUCUGGUCGUUGUUGUCGUCGUUGUCGUCGUCUUUUCUUUGUUCAUGUGGAGGUUGCAAGCAUUGAUAUAGCUAUGUACAUAGGGCAGCAUUGGUCAGUUGUUUCCAGUAACUUAGGUUGUCGGGGAAGAAGAUGAAUGCUCGUACGGUAUAUAGUAGUCGGCCAUAGCCUUUGCAUCUGUAUAGCUACUCUUAACUCAUACAUAAGUUGCUUUAUAUAAGUUUCUUUCAUCUGAA